UAGACUGUAGUCUACAUUAAAUUCUAGUCUAUCUUUAAGGCAUUUCUAAUUACAAUCUAGGAUAUUUUUAAACGCUGUUGCAAAGAGUGCAUCAACAGCUACAAAGUGGAACUAAGAUUUGCUUCGUUGCGUCAGUAGUAUGACAGCUAUGAUCGAGAGAAGACGCGUCAAAACACGUUCCUGAGUCUGAUCCAUCAUGUCUUAUGAGCAGCCGGGACCAAGUAGAUCUAACACAGAACACUUGACCGAAUACGAAAAGGUACAGAAGCGCUCGGCAAUUCGCCAGGGUAGGAAGUUUCUGACAUUAGAUGAAGCUGUGAAGAUGGUACUCUGUCCUGAUGGUGAUAAAUCUGAUGAAGAUGAUGAAGAAUUUGAAUCUGCUGUAUAUGAUGAUAUUGAAGAAGAAGAUACCAUCCAACAUAUUUGCACCUUGCCAAAUAUCGAAGUGCAUGAUGGUGCAUCUGAAGAUGAUAUUCCACUUUCAAUUAUGGCAGAGCAACAGAGAGCAGCUAAGAAUGUAAUAAAUGAAUUCAUAUGGAGUAAAAAAGAUUUCUCUCCGCCUAAUGAUAUUGAAUGGAAAGACCGUCUUAUUGUUGAUGAAGAAUGGCAAACAUUUAGUGCAACUUCAUUUUUCAAUUUGAUUUUUGAUGAUGCUCUUAUAGAUUUCAUUGUUCAACAAACUAAACUGCAUGCACUACAGAAGGAUGGCAAAGAGAUGCGUCUUGAAAAUACUGACAUGAAAUGCUUUUUGGGAAUUCUACUUCUAACUGGUAUUAUAAAAGUUCCCAGCUAUCGGACAUACUGGAAGAAAGGCCUGCAACUGGCCGCAAUAUCAGACAUCAUGAGUAGAGAUAAGUUUGAAGAGAUAAAGAGAUAUAUUCAUUUCAACGACAACACGCAACAGAAGACCAGAGAUGAUCCCGAUUUUGAUAAGUUAUUCAAAAUAAGACCCAUAAUUGAAUCUAUCAGAACAAAUUGUCGGAAGGUAUCGCAGGAAGAACAUCAAGUUGUAGACGAGCAAAUCAUUCCCACAAAAGCUCGCAUAUCUUUGAAACAAUACAAUCCAAAAAAACCUCACAAAUGGGGAUACAAAGUAAUAUCACAAGCAGGAUCAAGUGGGUUUGUUUAUGACUUCGAGAUAUAUACAGGCAAAUCUCAGAAAAAUGAUGACCUUGGUGUUGGAGUAUCAUCUGCCUAUGUGCUUCGUCUUGCUGAAGGCAUACCUAAGCACUUGAACUACAAGUUGUUCUACGAUAACUGGUUCUCUUCUGUUGAUUUAUCGUCAAAACUAAAGGAAUCUGGAAUCUUGAAUGUAUCUACUGUUAGAGCAAAUAGACUGAAAGGAUGCAUCAUGGAAAAUGACAAGAAAUUACAGAAAGAGGGACGAGGAAGUUUCGACUACCGUGUCGAAACAAAUCGUGAUGUAAUAGCAGUGAAGUGGUUUGACAAUAAGUCUGUUCACCUUCUUUCAACUUAUGCCGGCAUCACUCCAGAAGACACCGUCAAGAGAUGGGACAAGAAGCGAAACAAGCACAUUGAAAUAAACAGACCAUUUGUUGUAAAAGAAUAUAACAAAUUUAUGGGAGGCGUCGAUCUAUGUGACAUGUUGAUCGAACUUUACCGCAUAGAUUUCAAAUCUAAGAAAUGGUACAUGCGAAUUUUUUUGUAUUUAUUGGACAUGAGUGUGGUGAAUUCUUGGCUUUUGUAUAAAAGGAAUUGCCAUGUAAUGAAAUCAAAAGUGAAGAGUCUGUCCGACUUCAAGGAAGAUCUAGCCAUUGGUUUGAUGAGUCCAAGUUCAACUCCAAGAGGAAGACCAAGCCACGUGAAUGGAGCCUCCACCUCAUAAAGAAGGAAAUUCUCACAUCCAUUAGACGCUGUACGUUUCGACAAUAUUGGUCAUUUGCCAUUUAUUGCUGAAACAAAACAAAGAUGCAAGUUUAGUGUGAAAGGUUUCACUAAAGUAAGGUGCAACAAAUGUAGUGUAGGUUUGUGCCUUACUAGAACAAAAACUUGCUAUGCUCAAUACCAUACUAAGUAGCCAUUCGAAAUUGUCUAUAUCUGCCGGAUGUAGACAAAAGGCAACAUUUUGUAACUUUUUCAAAUAAAGGAAUAUUUCAUAAC